UGGUCUUUCCACUUUUCUCAUCUCUUAAACCCCAAAUAUUUUCUCUCUCUUUCUCUCUAAACAAAGUCAGCCAUGCCUCUCUUCAACACCAAAAUCACACUCUUUUUUAGCACUCUAAGUUUCUUCAUCAUAUUUCUCUUUCCACCACUAUCUCUCACCUCUUCCAUCCAUGACCUCCUUAUCUCAAAAGGGUUACCUGCUGGUCUCCUUCCAAAGGAAGUGAAGUCCUACACUCUCUCUGAAAAUGGUUACCUGGAGGUGUUUCUUGAUGGGCCUUGCUUGACUAAGUUUGAGAACAGGGUCUUAUUUGAUAGAGUAGUGAGAGCUAAUCUUACCUACCGGAGUCUCACCGGAGUUGUUGGUUUGUCCCAAGAAGAACUCUUCCUUUGGUUGCCUGUUAAAGAUAUCAUUGUUGAUGACCCAAGAUCAGGUCUUAUAUUGUUCGACAUUGGCGUUGCUCAUAAACAACUUUCUUUAUCUCUCUUUGAAGUACCACCUGACUGCAAGCCUCAAGGAGAGUUGAAGAUGAAUGGGAUGAGGAAAGAGAAAGGGCUUGAGGCAUGGAGAUAGAUGCUUCCCUGUUUGGGCUUUGUCUUUUCUUUUAUCUCUCGUAUAGUGUUAUGUAGUAUAUAAUGUUAUGUGUUGGUGGAAAUGAACUAAUUAUGGGGCCUAGUUUUUCUAAUCAUAGUUGUUAUUAUUAUUAUUAUUAUUAUUUAUAUUAAUUAAUUUGUAGGUUUUAUUAGAUGAGAAAAGGGUUUGUUAGGAAUUGUAAAGAAUGUUAAAUUCUGGAA